AUGACUGGUCCCGCUGGUCUGGCUGCUGCUGAUCAGUUGAAUUGUGAUGGUCACUCUGUUACCAUUUAUGAGCGGGCUGACCGCAUGGGUGGUCUUCUCAUGUACAGUGUCCCCAGAUCUUCUCGCAACAAGAGAGAUCCUGCAUUUAGGAAGCGGCGAUCAAUUGGCGAAGAGCAGAAGUAA